AGUUGGCAUAGCCUGGGUCUGGCUAUGAGUCUGGCUCCAGCCUGAGCUCCAAACAAGCAAUGCAGUGAGGACUGAGGACCAAGCCAGGCUUCUCUGUGCUGCGUGGUGCCUGUCACUGGCAGAUCUUGGUGCCAGUCUCAGAGCCAUCACUCCUGUUUCCCUGCCCUGUCUGCUCCAGGCAGCCGAGCACUGCAGAUGCAACACUGAGGGAGGUGACAGCAGUGGGGGCAAACAGCCCCCGAUCCUUAUCUCUCCACAACGUGCUGCAGAGCACAAAAAUGUCCACAGAGACCAACAGCAGCUGCCCCAUCUGCCAGGACACUUGUGAGGAUGUGGCAUCUACUCUGCCCUGUCACCACCAGUUUUGCCUGGGCUGUAUCCUGCGGUGGACACAGAGAAAUCCAGUGUGCCCACUCUGCAGAAGAACAGUAGUGACUGUCCGAUUUUCUGAUCAUGGAGAAGACGACUAUCUGGAGACAUCCAUCACAGUCCCUGAGGAGCUGCCAGAUGGCAGCAGCCAGGCAGAGAGAGAUCCCAGCAGCCUGGAUGAGAACAGCUCCCAUCCUCCUGUGGUGUCCCCUUCAUCUUCUCCACAGGGAACAAUGUCUCCAGCAGAGCAGGAAGGUUCAGGGCUGGAGUCUGUGGGCAGUGUCCUGCCUGAGGUCUGGGCAGAAAUUUUUCGUCAACGACAGCAUCUCCUGGACCCGGUGCGGCCCUGGCUGCAUGAGAGGCUGGAGGAAAUAUACCAGGGUUGGUGGUGGGUGGUAGAUGCCAUAGAGAGCAGCAUCUUGCAUGGCCUUUGCAUCUAUGGGCUAAAUGCUGAGAUUCUGGUUGAGGUGCUGCAGCCUCUCCUCGAGGAACACACGGCACCCCUGGUCCAUGGUGUCAUCAGCAUCAUUAUAGGCCAGUGCAGCCAGGAGGCCCAGAGGCUGCUGCGCUCUGGUGCCAUCAGGGACGACAACAAUGGCCCUGUGGCCAGUGCCAGCUCCAGCUCCAGCUCCAGCAGCUCCAGCUCCACCUUCAGCUCCAGCUUGAGUGACUCCAGGAGCUUCAGCUUCAGCAUCAAUAGCUCCAACUGCAGCUGCAGUUGCAGUUGCAGCUGCAGCUCUGACAGCUGCAGCUCCAACAGCUGCUGCUCCAGCAGCUCCAGCUCCAGCAGUUCCCAGCAAAGGACUCUGGACAGCAGCCCCACAGGCUCUGAUGAGGAGGAAGAAGCUGGUACAUCAGAGGCUUCCCCCUGCCCAGGGCAGCAGUCACAGCCCCUUUGCUCCCAGGCCAGGGACUGAUUUUCCACUGGGCCUCAGCAUGUCUGGCAGAAGAGGGAGCUUGGGCCCUGGAGCUCUCCCUGGGCCUGCCAGAGGCUGCCCCACUGGCAGCUCUAGCAGGGUUUUUGCAACCCUUUAUUCAAGGAAAAGGAAAUAAAUUGGUUUUGCCCUCAC